CAUUGAGAUAGCGUUUUCUUUCAUCAGCGUUGUAUAUAUAUUAUCGUUAUCCUACUAUGAUUAUCACACUGUAGCCCAAUUCCUCCUUAUAAUUGAGUUUUAUCCUAGCGUCUCUGGCGAUUCUCAUCAUGUCAUCUGUACAUGUUAACGGGGUUGCUGGAGCCAGCGUCCUGCGGCCACGCGCAAUGCUGCCAAAACGCCAGAGCGAAGACCAUUGUCUCUCAACCUCUGCCAGCGCAGAUAGGCUAUCAUUUGAUUUAUCAAGUGGCCGAUCCACCCCUAUUCCGGAAGACGCACCCCCAUCAGUACAAUCGAUAUCAUGCGCAAGGAAGCAGAUACGAGCCCAGGCGAAACGAAGAUUGUUCUACUCAAUCGAUUACAAACCUAGAGUAUCUCAUUUCGACCCUGACAGCGAUUAUCGAGAUUUCCGCGGUUUCUUUUCUCUAUUUUGGGUCAGUUUGUUUAUCAUGGUCAUGACCACGGUUGUACGGAAUAUAAAAGACACCGGUUAUCCAUUGCGGGUACAAGUGUGGUUGUUGCUAUCGGCGAAUGUUUGGCAGCUGGGUCUGUGUGACCUUGCUAUGGUUUCGAGUACUGCACUGUCUCUCCCGCUCCAUUUAAAAAUUAGAAAAAGUGAGGGCUGGCUAAGAUGGUCAAACGGAGGAAUGAUAUUUCAGAGUUGCUUUCAAGCCGCAUGGCUCGCUUUAUGGGUAGCCUUGCCGUUCAUACUUAGUUGGACCUGGACUUCUCAGGUAUUUUUCAUUUUACACACACUAACUCUUUUGAUGAAAAUGCAUUCCUACGCCUUCUACAACGGACAUUUGAGCGAGACAGAGCAUCGCUUAUCCGCUCUGGAUAAACCAGAAGCCAAUUCACUAUCUGCAGCCGUUCGGUAUCCACGAUUUGAGAGUCGACCAAUGGAAGAGAAUACGGAGUUAGAUAACGGAAAGGAGGGUGAAUCCCAGCGAUCGAUUUCUAAACUCCGCUCGGACCUUGCAACGGAGUUAACAUCUCCUCUCGGUCAGGUUUCAUACCCCCAAAAUCUAACUUUGCACAAUUAUGUGGAUUAUCUGCUCUGCCCUACGCUAUGCUAUGAAUUAGAAUACCCUCGAACGGAAAAAAUCCGGUGGAUGGAGGUGUUUUUUAAGACUUUGGCCGUUUUUGGCUGUAUUUUCUUACUUACACAUGUUAGCGAAGAGUUCAUCGUUCCAGUUCUAGACGAAUCUGCGGUCAGACUGCAGGACCUGAGCAGCGGCUCUGAGAAGGCUUUAGUCCUUGCAGAAACUAUUAGCAUGCUGUUAUUGCCCUUUAUGAUAACAUUCCUGUUGGUGUUUCUUGUCAUUUUCGAAUAUACGCUAAAUGCCUUUGCGGAAAUCACCCGCUUUGCGGACCGCAAAUUUUACGCUGACUGGUGGAAUUCCUGCGAUUGGCUGGAGUUCUCCAGAGAGUGGAAUAUCCCGGUUCAUCAUUUCCUCCGGCGCCACGUUUAUUUUUCAUCUUUGACUCGAUUUUCCAACUCCGAGGCGAUGUUCAUUACAUUCUUGGUGAGCUCCAUUGGACAUGAGUUGGUAAUGAGCUGUAUCACCAAGAAAAUCAGGGGCUAUGGCUUUCUUGCCAUGAUGAUGCAACUACCCAUUGUUGCCGUGCAGCGUUCAAAGUUUGUCAAGGGGCGAAAGGUUCUCAAUAACGUUUGUUUUUGGAUUUCAAUGAUUAUUGGGCUUUCCCUUAUGUGCGCACUUUACGUCCUCGUUUAG